UCAGUAGCCGGAGUUCCGCGUGUCCGGAACUGUAGAUAAUAUUGGACGUUUAUGUGUAAUAUGAUGGAAAAUCGAGGAGUUUUAUCGAUUAUAUUUGACUUGGAUAACACGCUGGUCGAUACAGCUGGCGCAGGACGAAUUGCCAUUCAGAAGGUAUAUGAGCUGCUGAAGUCAACACAUGUUCAGGAAAACCACAUCUCAGACAUCUGUAAUUGCUUUUUACGAAAGCUUCUUCAUGAAUCGUUUGACCCAUCAGAAGGAAAAACAAUAGAUGAUGUCAGGAUCCAUCACUGGUAUGAAGCCCUACAGGAGACACAGGGCACAGAUCCUGAUCCAGAUCUGGCCAGCAGCUGCUACUACAUGUGGAAGAACACACGUUUACAGGUGCUGACUCUGUCUCCUGAGGUUAGAUCUCUCCUGGAAGAACUGCAGAAAAAUUACAAACUGCUUCUGCUCACCAACGGCGAUACUCAGACGCAGUGGGAGAAGAUCGAAGCGGUGAGAUGCGAGGAUCUCUUUAGUGUGGUGGUAGUCGGAGGAGAUCAUCCUGAGCAGAAACCGGCGUGCUCCAUCUUCACUCGCUGCUUCGAGUCUGCGGGAGUUCGGCCACAGGACUGCAUCAUGGUGGGAGAUUCACUCAGUGCAGACAUCCAGGGAGGCAUUAAUGCAGGAGUGCGGGCAACCGUAUGGAUAAACAGUGACUGUAAAUCUCUCCCGCAGGGCUCCGUGACUCCAGACUACACUGUACCUAGUGUGCUCAAUCUGAAUGAUGUUCUAGCUGAACUGAUGUUGAAAUGAUGUCUACAUAUGUGGACCUAAAGAUUAGACCUUUUUAGAUUAGUUUUUUGUUUUGUUUUUUUAAAGAAAAAUGAGAUGACUUAUGUCAGGUAAUUGUCUGGUAAAAAGGGAUAGUUCACCCAAAAAUGAAAAUCCAUGUUCAAUACUCACUCUCAUGUCAUUCCAAACCCAUAAGACUUUCAUUCAUCUUUGGAACACAAAUGAAGAUCAUUUAAAUGAAAUCUGAGAUAUUUCUCUCUCCAUUGAAAUUAUUCACCUAAGAGUCUGACGUUUCAAAAUGUUCAUAAGGAGAUUGUAAAAGAAAUCCAUAUGAAUCAAGCAGUUCAAUCCAAGUUCUCUGAAGAGACACAAUCGUUUUAUUUGAUGAACAUAUUUAAUUUAGGCUUUUGUUCAUGAUUGAAACAUUGAUCAGUGAACAUAAACAGAAGCUCAACUGUAAUUCCAACAUGGCAGACCUUUAUCUUUAUAACCUCAUAACUGGACAAUUUAAGUUGUGGAAUAAAUUAAUCAUGGGUGAUGUGUUUUUAGGUAUAUGCGUUCAGCAGUGUUGGGUGUAAGUAAUUACUAAUAAUCUAAUUGCUGUAAUUUAAUUACUUUACUUUUUCAAGGGAAAAAUAAGGGAUAACUUAAUUUUUUUUUCUGUAAUUUAAUUACAGUUACUUCUGAUGUAAUUGCAUUAAAUACUGUAUAGACUAUAGAAGAAUUCUAUUUGAAUACUUUGGUCAGUUCAAGAAUAAUGUAUGCAGUUAUAUACUGUUUAUUUAAAAGAAUCAAAAGUGCAGUUUCAUGUCUAUCCUUGUAUUAUUCAACUGGUCAAGGUUGAUAUGUAAUUAGUAAUAAGUAAUCUAAUGACACUGUGAUGAUGUAAUUAGUAGCUACUAAUUAAUUCCUUUUUUAGAGUAACUUUCUUAACACUGGCGGUAAUCAUGCGAGCAGAUGGAGAAAACAAUGACUAUUCCACCGAUGCUCAGUUUGUGCAGUAGAGCUUGCGUGGGAUCAUGAUUGUUGAACGUUGUAUUAAAUUACAUAACACGACAAGAA